AUGUCAAACAAUAAAAAAUCAAUUCAAGAACUGAAUAAACAAGAAGCACCAUUUAUGUGGUUUCAACUAUUAAUCGAAAUAUUACUUAACAUGCAGACAUUGGAUAGUCCUAACAAAGAAUUAAUGGCCGAAUGUCGAUUACAAUAUGUAGAUAACACAAGCGAAUUAAAUAAAAUUGAUGAGUUUGAUAAAGAAUACCCGCCAGACAAAGCUGUCGGAUGA